AUUCAGACCGCUUAACGGUCGUGUCUCUCGGUAAAAAAAAUACUUUUAAAAAUGGGUAAAUUAAAAUACAAAUUUUGGAUCGUAUCGUCUAUUUUACUUGUUUUUCUUGUUCCGAUAAGUACUGGUAACAUUAUUAGCAAAGGCAAAGGCAAUCCUAAACUAAUAAUCGACCAAGAUGCCGGAGCAGAUGACGCUAUGGCUAUAUUCAUGGCUUUUCUUUAUGAAAAGUAUUUUAAUGGGCCAUCCGUCAUAGCAUUAACGACCGUCCACGGCAACGUGGAUGAACACCAGGCUUUUAUCAACACUCAAAGAAUAUUAGACAUAGCGGAUAGACGCGAAGUACCUAUAUACCGUGGCAAUAACGAAUCUCUAGUGACCUCGGUACCAUCUGACGGAUAUUUCGGUGCCGACGGACUAGGUGACAACAAUUUUGGAGCAGUACAGCCAAUUAAAGCGCAGAACGUCCACGCCGCUCUGGGUAUCAUUAAGCUGACUAACAAAUAUCCAGGUAAAGUAAUUCUGGUUGCGAUCGGCGCACUUACCAACAUAGCUUUGGCAGUACGAUUGGAACCUCAAUUGAUUAAUCGUCUUUCACAUCUAUAUGUAGGCGCAGGAAACGUUUACAGUGAAAAUAAGACGAAGGCGGAGUUUAAUGCGAAACAAGACGCGGAAGCAUAUCACAUAAUAAUGCAAAAAGCGCAUCCAGCGAAAGUGACGAUUGUGCCCUUCUCACAAGUCAGAACAAGGGGCGUCUCCCGGCAAUGGCGUCAAGAAGUCUUGGGAGCCAUACCGACAAAAAUAAUGAGAGCUCAAAAUGCCUUCGAACGGAUAUCGGUAGUCAAAAAUGAUUAUUUGGCUCUAUUGGACCCUGUUGUAAUGGGUAUGGCGCUCAACCGCGCAAUUGUUGGAGAGGUGAAAUAUUCACAAAAUAGCAUCAUUUUAUGCGGCGCAGAUAGAGGCAUCAACACCAACAACUUUACAACAUAUGAAGAAGCAAAUGUAAAUCUCAUCAAUAAAGUUAUUGACGAGGAAUAUAAAGAUUUACUUUUGUCCAUUUUCACUGCUGAACUUCAAUAAAAGUCUUUAUUAAGACUUUAUUGUAAUAAAGAACUAAAUGCAAUGUACACAUGAAUUGAUUUUUCUGUUUGUUACGUUGGUACUACAUGUUUUGAGUAAUACAGUAAUUUAUUA